AGCUUGCUAUCGAGCAACUGCAGAAGCCACCAAGCAAGCAAGAGGAAGCGAACGUUUGAUACAAUGAAAUUUAGACCUAGUAAGCUGUAGAUUUGACCAAAAAAAAAACAUCUUCAUGAAUCUAAUUUAAAAUGUGCUUUGGCUCUCAGUCGAUACAUUAUUAUCGUCCAUAGCCGAGUAUCCACGACACAUUAGAAAUAUCACCAAAAGAGCGAGGAUGUUGGUCCCCGCGGGAAGAUAAUGAAGAGGUUGCGCGAUUUGUUGGUGUGCCUCAUUGUUGCUCUUCUGUGCUGGUGCCCCAGUAAUUAUGUGUAUAGUUCAGAGCAAAGCGUGCCCAGUCCAGCUCAGUCUGGUGGGGACACAGACCCUGAGGUCCACAAACGGACCAUGGAGGGGGCCCUGGAGCAGGAGUCCACUCGGCACAAGAUUGAGGAAGAGUCGUUGCACACGCUUACGUCAUAUGAUGUGGGACUGAAGACGGAGAGAGCAGAAUCACUAAAGCAACCGCCAGCAGAAAACAUACACAACAGUGAACUGACUCUGACCCCAGAUGAGGCGUCUUCAGCGGCAGAUAUCCCACCAGACCAUCAAACCGACUUUAUACCGGGUUCUCCUGAAACCAGAAAAGACACAGAGCCCCAGACAUACUCGGAUCCACACUCUGAAGGCCAGGACCACGACCGGGCAGCCCAGGCUCUACAGUCCCCCACUCCCUCUACCUCCUCCACGCUGGUCACCCCAGACCAGCUGCCACCUCCAGCCCAGGACCAGGCUACCACAGACAAUACUCCACCCCGAGCCCUCCUCCCCGAGCCGACGGAGGGUUCCGGCGAUGCCCCCGCGCCGCAGCCCACCUUGGAGGCUGUCCCAUCGGCUGACCCCUCCGGGGAACAGUCCCCACGCGACAUCCAAGACGCGCCUACCUCAGGGAGCGUCGGCUCCUUGCACACAGGUGCAGUGUGGGUUGCCAGUGACGGAGACGAACCCCCAGUAGAGAGCUUUGUCUCUGCUGAGCACUAUGCUGAGCUCUCUGACUCGCAAUGUGGAGUCAAACUGGCAACCUGUGCAAACCCUACUUUUGGCAGCCCUCUCCCCAGUGAGGAUGUUAAUGAAGCGGAGAGCCAGUGGUCCGAGCAGCAGGUCCAGGAGGUGGAGGUCCAACAGUUAAAGGUGUCUCUGAGCCCAAUAGAGCGGCAGGAGGAGGAUCUCCAGGUGCUGAGGGACAGGGACCUGCAGGGAAAUGCUACCGCUCCCCACCAAGAAGAGGCGGGGGAUGCCGAUAUCUCCAAAGAGACGGACUCCUCGGUGCCGAGCAAAGAGGAUAUCCCAACCUUUGAUGAGUGGAAGAAACAAGUCAUGGAGGUGGAGAAAGAGAAGAGUCAGUCUCUUCAUACCUCAACCAACGGUAGCCCCCACCCUGUGAAAAAGGUCAAGAAGAAUUUCAAGAACAACUACGCUUCUGUGGAGUGCGGUGCCAAGAUACUGUCUGCUAACAUUGAGGCCAAGAGCACCUCUGCUAUCCUCAUGGAGAAUAUGGACCUGUACAUGUUAAAUCCAUGCAGUAACAAAAUAUGGUUUGUAAUUGAGCUCUGUGAGCCCAUCCAAGUGAAGCAGCUCGACAUCGCCAACUUUGAGCUUUUCUCGUCCACACCCAGAGACUUCCUGGUCUCAAUCAGCGACAGGUACCCCACUAACAAAUGGGUGAAGUUGGGAACGUUCCACGCACGGGACGAGCGCACCGUUCAGAGCUUCCCAUUGGACGAACAGCUCUAUGCAAAAUAUGUGAAGAUGUUCAUCAAGUACAUAAAGGUGGAACUCCUGUCCCACUUUGGAUCUGAACAUUUUUGUCCCCUCAGCCUCAUUAGGGUAUUUGGCACCAGUAUGGUUGAAGAAUAUGAAGAAAUAGCAGAUUCUCAGUAUCCCUCAGAGAGACUUGAGUACCUGGAGGAGGACUAUGACUACCCUCCAGGUUUCCAGCCCACUGAGGACAAGGCUGCAAAAAACCUCCUCGGCUCUGCUACCAAUGCCAUCCUUAAUAUGGUCAACAACAUAGCCGCCAAUGUGCUGGGGGCCAAACCAGAGCUUGCCGAUGGGACACACCUAGAAGACAAUGACACGGAAGAGGCGGGCUAUGUAAAGGAUGAAAGCCCGGAGAUCCUGCUCACAGCAACGCCAACGAUAAGCGGUUCCGCAACAUUGGAGACGGCAGAGGUGGAGAUGGGACCCACUGCAUCCCAGCCGAACUCUGACCUUCCCACUGAGCUUCCCACUCCUACCCCCUCCUCUCCAGAACCCCUGGAGUUCAUGCAGAUCGUCACCCUGGUGGAGGUGGAUGAGGAGGAGGAGCAGGAGGAAAAGCAGUCCACAGUCACCCUGAUGGAGAAGGAAGAGGGCGAGGAGGAGGAAGAGGAGGAGCAGGAGCAGGAAGAGAGGAUGAGACGGGAAGGAGAGAAGGAGAAUAUGAAGGAAGAAGAAAGGCGGAGAUGGAGGGAGAGUCAAAUGUACUGCCCCCUCUCCCAUUCCUUCUCCUUCUCUUUUUCCUGCAUGGCCUCCUUGCCAGAGCUUCUGCACGGCUGGUGCUCGGCCAGGUUGGCCCGCAGCCUGCAGCGCAACUCCCGCCGCAGGCAGUUAAACGCCCAGCAGGCCCAACAGGCCCGCGAGGAGACACACGCCCCCCCCAAAACAGAAGGUCCUCCCGUGGUGCUGACCCCCGUCGGCGCCUCCCCCUCUCCUGCCUUGACCCAGGAAAUCCUACCCCUGACAGAAAGUGUGGUUCCUGAGCCCCAUCCUUCGCAACAGACCAUCGACCAGGAAUCGCCUCCUGCCAAUCAUGCCAUCAGCGCGCACACACAUCCUGAAACACACAUCCCCGUGCCCUCACUUGCCCCAGGGCCCCAGAUAGUGUUGGAGCCCAGCCGGACUGCCACCAUCCCCCCCCACAGCUUCUCCCAGGCCACAUUGAGCAGGCCCAACCAGGAGGAGGGUGGCGACGAUGUUCCCGCCCUGGAGUUUACCCCCCUUCCCAGCCUCUACCAGGUGUUGGUGAUGGAUACCCAGGUAGCCAGUAGUGUCACCUUCACCCCCACCCCAAGCCUCACCCUGCAGCCCACCUCCUCCGAGACGGCCGCUCAACAAGACUACUCCAUUCUCCCUGUCCAGGACCAGUCCGUACCGCCUCUCCUCUCCGCCUCCCAUCCAAUAGACACCAUCCCACCUCCAACGGAGCUGCCCCCCGCCCAGCCCAUAGAAGCCCACACGGACCCGGCAAGGCAAGGUUCGGACGGCGGGGAGCUUCUGAAGCCCGAAUCCCAUUACGCCUCUGGGGAGAAGGUGGACCCUUCCACGGCCCAGGCAACAGAGCACCAGCGGGGGGAGGAAUCGGUGGACGAGCUCCUCCUCAGCUCCAACGGGAACAUCCAGCGGUCAGCCACGGAAUACUACGCAGAGCUGCACGGGGACUACGGGGCCGGGAGUGGGAACGGGAACGGGGCUAUGCUGAACGGGGCCACGGUGCACGGUUCCAGCCAGAAGGAGAGUGUCUUCAUGAGGCUCAACAACAGGAUCAAGGCCCUGGAGAUGAACAUGAGCCUGUCCAGCAGAUACCUUGAGGAGCUCAGCCAGAGGUACCGGAAACAGAUGGAAGAGAUGCAGAGAGCCUUUAACAAAACCAUCAUAAAGCUGGAAAACACCUCUCGUAUCGCUGAGGAGCAGGACCAGAAGCAGACGGACUCCAUCCAGGUUCUGCAGAACCAGCUGGAGAACGUCACCAAGCUGAUGCUCAACCUCACGUCUACGGUCAGCCAGCUCCAGAGAGAGGUGUCGGACCGCCAGUGCUAUCUGGUAGUGUCCUUGGUCCUCUGUCUCUCCCUGGGCCUGCUGCUCUGUCUGCAGUGCUGCCGUAAUUCCCCUGCCCACACGAACCAAAUCAAUUCCCCUGUUCUGCCCAAGAGCAACCACUACCCCAGCCCCAAGAGAUGUUUUUCGUCAUAUGAUGAUAUGAGUCUUAUGCGAAGAGUGACCUGUCCUCUUGUUCGCUCCAAGUCCUUUCAGCUGUCGUCUUCAGAUGUAGGUCCAGAUGACUUGUACAUUGUAGAACCUCUAAGGUUUUCUCCAGAGAAAAAGAAAAAGCGGUGUAAGACGAAGCCAUCGGAGAAGGUUGAGGCGCUGAUGAUGCCAUGCCCCUCGAGCCCCAUGGCGAAUGGUGGUCCCAAAUGCAACGGCUUCCAUCGCUGCCUGUCUGCCCCUCCUCCUCCUCUUCCUGCCCUCCUGCCCCCACCUCCUCCUCAGUCACCCCCUAAUCCCCUCCCUCAGUACUCCCGUGUCCCCGUGGAGGAUGUGACGUUGACGCUCGCUUUCAGGCCAUCGUCUGUGGAGACUGGCGGCGGCGGAAGCAGCAGCAGCAGCAGCAGCAGCAGCUCUAGCUCCUCCACCCACUCGGAAGAGUCUUACACCAGCCGCCUCCCCCCGCCCUCCCUCAGCUUCUCCUCCUUGUCGCCGGGUAUGUACAUCGAGGCCCUGCCCUUCCCGCUGCACCGGGACCCCACAGCCAAGCCCCGCCAGGUGAAGCGCUCGGUGAAGCAGCGAAAGUCGCGGCAGUCUGAGCUGCAGUUCCCCUCCGUGCCAGAGGGGGUGGUCGGCUCUCUACCCAGCCUGCAAAAAUUGAUCAAGGGAAACAAGGAUAUCAGCGUGGGGUCAGUGUCACUGGGCAUGUCUGAAUAACAUUUGGAGAGACACACGCACAUCAGAGUGAUCAUGGUUUUGUGAGUCCCCUGAGCCACACAUGGCACUGCUAGCUGACUACCGGUUUCCAGGAUAAGCCUGGCGCCUUGUCGUCUCUGUAAAAAGUCUACAGCAGCCAUGUGCGUUGAGGAACUAGACUGUCUGGUAUUAACUGAGCAUCAUACACUCCGUAAGCUACUUUAAACACACACAAACACACACCCCUGUCAGAGACCUCUGAGGUGGUCACGUGCCUUUUUAUAAGUUCGAGAGCUUUUAGUGGUGGAAACAUGAAAUUGAGAGUUUGUCUUUUGUCUUUCCGUACCAGGUUAUAUUUUGUUAAGUUUUCUUUUUUGGGGAGGCAUUAACCGAGACACUUAAGAUUUUGGUGUGGGGGCAUGAAACAUGAAUAGUCCAACCCAUUGAAAUGUGAGUGAGCUGUCCCCAAUAAGGAUAGCACAUUGUUUUUUUAUUGUUCUUUCCUCCUGCCUUUGACAGCCCAACGCUGGAUCAAACGAAUUGCAUCGUUGGGGAAAUGAGAACAGAUGCUCCGUCUGAUGAAAUGUGAUUCAUCAGUGGAACCCAGCAGAACUGUUCCCAGUCCCUCCGUCUUUCACUUCCAUUUUUUCUUUUAUAUAAUAUAUCUUUCCAGUCUUUUUUCAUAUGGGACCAGUUUUGACCAUUCACAAUCAUCAGGCCCUAUCCCUUUCUAUAUUUACUUUUCUGUCUUUCUUAUUUAUUAUCUUUCUUGUCAACUCCAAGCCCAACUUUUCGUAGCUGAAUGACGAAAUGUGCUCAGUGUGUGGAUGAUCAGUGAUGCGGUUGCGUUAUUUUGUCCAGGUUAAUGUUUAACUUACGUUUAGCUCAGGCUAUAAAAUCAACUGAAGCAGUCUCAGAAACCUAACCACUCUACCAUGAAAAACUUCUUUCACGCCUUUUGGGGCUGGGCCCCAAUUCAAUACUUUCCCAAUUUUCAUACAUGCUUACAUAAAUGGCAACGGCCUAAUGAGAUAUUUACUGUAAUGGUUGACGUGGUACGUAUAGCUGGUGAGGCAGGUCCAACUGGGUAAAGCAUAGAGGGGGAAUCUCUUUGUAAAUCCGAUCCUUGUGUCCUUGUGUUGUGACACGCAGCCGAGUCGCGCCACAUAUCGACACAAGGAUCGGUUUGUUUGAAUGGAAGCAGGCAUCCAAAUGGGGUGAGGACACAUACAGAGACCACAUGAGCUAUGACCUCGUGUUCUGAGGUUUACACACUUUUCUUUCAGACAAGCGCUCCUGGUACACGGUGAAGGACGCCGAUAGACUUGUAUUUAACUAUUUAUUUAUUUAAAUGCCUUAUCUUCACAGAAUCUUCCACACAAUGUAGUCAACCCUGCCUCAGUGUCUUGGGAGACUGGGGGGCGGGGUGGGGGACUGGACACACACAGGUUUCCUGGGAAAAAUGCAAUAUUACACUCAACAGUACUAGUGCUCACUAAUGGGCAAUAAGCAAAGCACCUUUUUUUUAAGUAGAUGUAUUAAUAUAUUGUAUCUUUCUGGGAAAUGGCUCAAUGGUCUUUGAGCUCUGAAUCCACAGUACUCCCUGAGGGAAACUCCCUAGUUUCCCUUAACCAGUUAUCUACCAAUGUCACAUGCCCUGAACAGGUUUACAUAAAGGACAUAAUUCUAGCUUUAUUUAUUGUCUGGCUCCUCACAGAAGCUUGUGGGUAUGAGUGAGACUGCUCCUCUUGAUUGUGUCAUGGGCGCUUUGGAAGUAACAUGAAGAAAGGCAAAUCCACCGAAAUUUAAGAUGCUUUUGUGUGUCUUGCUCUCGCUUUCAUUCUCGGUUUCUUACCACCUAUGCUGAAGCACAGGCGGACCCCCUGGUAAUCCUUGAGACGUGAAACCGCUCCAACAUUAUAAAGAAUCUAUAACUCCACAGAUUGACUGAGGAAUCACUGAAUGGGCAUUCCCUACAAUGUUUCUAUGAAUGAGAAAUAAGCACCUAUUUGUGUUUUCUGAAUGGCUACCGAUCUCGUUGGGCCUGGAGUUUUGACUAUUUGAGAUGUAGGCUGCAGGGCUCAUCUUCCCCACCUCUUUUAAAUUGACCUCUCAAGAUUGUUGUCCUGCAUCCACCUCUCUGCUCCAUCGCACAUGUCUUUCACUGCCCUUAUUUUUUGCUCUUUUGAUUAAACCAAGUUCCUGUAGAGGGAUUGAAAAUUUGAUCCUGGCUAAUUGUUCCAUACACGUAUGCAUCUACUACAUUAUUGCUUGCUUUACUUUUUAGCUGUCUUCUCUCCCUCAUCUUCUUCACUCAUGUAGUGUAUGUGUCUGCCCUCCCCUAAUAAACAUGCCCUUGGUUUUGGAAGAAUUAGGAUACGAAUCAUGUUAACGUUUUUACUUAAGGGAUCUAAUUGAGAAUUGGGUAUGGAUCGGAACACAAUGUUUAAAUGGGACUAUUUCAGAUCCACAUACCCAGCAGGUUAUGGCUUUUAUUUUAAUUUCUCUUUGUUGGGAUUGUGUAAUCACUUUUGAUUGACUGAUAGUAUUGACCUGUAUGCAUGUGAGAGUGUCUCGCUGUUGCUCUCCUGUUUGCCCAUGUCUGUGAGUCAUGAGAGAGAGUCAUUGUGUUGAUUUUGUUGAUCCCAUUAAACGCUGAAUAUAGAGCGAUGGAUCCCGGUAAUCCAAGGAUUUCUGUGUGCACUUUGUAUAACUCCUUAUGCCUUUUUUUGUUUUAAUGUCACCAUUUUAUUUUUCUAUUCAACCUCGUAUUGUCAAAUGUGAUGAUCUUUUAAAGCUGCAGUUUUUUUUUCUUGUUACCCCUCACCCUCUCUCUCUCUCUCUCUCUCUCUCUCUCUCUCUCUCUCUCUCUCUCUC